AUGAGAAUGAGACGUUGUGCUUUUCGCAGUAGACCCUCCCUGAUGGUAGCUGCGUUGCUGGUUUGUGCCCUGACAGUAAUUUGGGCACUGCUGCGACAUCGAAAGUUGUUCAAGUUGGCGAGUACUGCAGCAAUCCAUGAAGAACGAGGCGAUGGCGUCCUCAGAAGCGACGUCAUUCAGGCAAAGGACAUGCCUGAAGAUGGCUCAGAGAAAACAGAUCCGACGACUGCCUUGAAGAUCCUAGAACCAACCUUUGAAGAGCGAUUGUACAUUGCCAAGCGGUUUGCGUUCAAGGUGUCAAAUUUCAAGCUUCCAAAGCCCAAAAAAUUGGCAGAGCAAAUGACCCGAUUGGGUGAUUCAGAAUGGUUUGUCCAUCAGUCGAUCCUCGAGAAAUCGUUUCAGCAGAAUGGUGGAUGCGUAGUUUACAGCAUUGGUGUGGCAGAACGUGAUGCCUACACGACACUCAUGGCUGCCAGGGGCUGUCAGGUGAUUGCCUUGGAUCCUACUGUAGAACAUCCAACCCAUUGGAUGCCCAAUGUCACGUUCUAUCCGUGGGGAUUGCGGAGCAACAGUGACGACGACAACGGGGGCAAAGGCAAGCACCAAGUCUGGAGCCACCCAGUGUAUGGCAAGAUUACCAACACAAGCGUAAUCUAUUCUCUGCCCACGAUUAUUGAAAAGCUGGGUCAUCAUCACAGCAAGGAUACCAAGGCGAUUACUGCCAUGAAGUUGGAUUGCGAGGGAUGCGAGUUUGCAGCUUUUGAGGAUCUAGUGACCUCAUCGACGAGGAUGCCUCCAAUUCGCAUGCUGGACGUGGAAUUCCACUUUGCCUCCACCUUGGGAAUGGCGAACAAGUUGGAUGUGGCACGCAUGUACUAUGCUCAUAUCUAUCUGAAACAGAACAAGUGCCAAUUAGUACGACAUCGAAGACACGCUGGGUUUGAAGUUGAUCGCGACAAGGUACCGUCCAUCUUGGUGAGUGCAGGUGUUUCCAGCCAUCAUUGCUGCUACGAAAUGACCUAUGUUUGUGGCGUUGACGAUUGA